AGAUUUAGUGGAUAUUGUUGACAAGAACAUCACUCCUACUUCAAUUGAUAAAAAUGUAAUGAGGUUAACAAUACAUUAACCAAAGUUGGGGGUUUGACUAUAAGUCCUCUAUCAAAUUGAAUCCUAGUCCAUUAUGGUCAUUGAUGAAUAAAGAAAGGGUUCAAGUUGUCGUCAACUCACAUAUCUAUUUAUGAGAGUAAGAACUCAGAACUGACAACCUCGUGUCACCAAAUGAAAUAAACCAUAGAAAAGAAUGUGAGUAAAAAUCGAGAAAAAUAUUAGCUCUCCAAAACAAUAAAGGACAAUAAAGACAUUAUUGAAAGACAGUUGUUUUGGAGGACAUUCUCUUUUUUAAUAGUUUUUCGAGUCAGUUUCGUGUCUUUUUGUUCUACAGAAGUUCAACAUAGUUGCUCAUAUAGUGAGAAAGCAAACUUUUUGAUCGAUAGUUCGGUUGCAGAGAAACUACCAUAUUUGGUGUCAGUCUUUGUAAUGGUGUCUCCCUAUUUUACUACGUCCUAUGAACUUGCCUUGAAAAAGUAAAACAAUAACGAGUAACUAGAUAAAAAUAAUGACAAAAAUGAAAGGAUUGUGCUUCCAUUGAUUAAGAACAAAUUCUAGUAAGUGACCCACCAAGAAUGGCCUUCCAAGUGUUGCCAAUUGUACCUUAACACAACAGGAUUCUCUCAGCCAAAAGGCAAUACUUGCUUUCAUCACAAAUAUUAAGUAAUGUAAUUAAAUUAAGGUUAUAAACCAACCAAGUCAUCUAGCUAAGCCUUUAUAAUAUUAUACCAUAAAUCACACAUCAAAGCUAGCUUAAACCCACCCCACAUCACCAUCAAAACCCACAUUGUCCAUUGACAAUUCAGACAGGCCAUGAUUGGGAAAUAGAUACUGUCAUUAGUACAAACAGAUUAAAUUAAGCCCUAGUCCAUCAUUUUUCCAAGGUUGUUCAUCAAUUAAUAAUGGAUCACCUUCCUUUUCUUUUGAAAAGAUAAAUGGUAUAUGAGUUUUUAGACCUGCAAUAAUAUCUCGAUAUAACAUAGACUACAGAUCAUCAGUAACUGAGGCAUCAACGGAGAUCGAAUAUCUCUUAUUUACCUAAAUAAUUUAUAACAUGAUUAUGUUUCAAAUAAAAACACAAUCCACUUCUGGUAACUCGAGUUUUUUGCGAGAUAUCGGUGGCUUGGGGGAUUCUUCCCUUUGUUCCUGAUGAAAACACCAAGCAACAAUUAAUAAUGUAUUGCAAAUCCAACAUUUGGCAUAGUUAUCACACACAAAGCAUCAAUUUUUUGUACACUAUUUGUUAAAUUUUCACUCAUCUACGCUUGCAAGCAAAGAAGAUGAUGGGAUAUGUGACAAAAAUUCAGCUUGUGGAUAUCUCUGUCUUUCUCCCCCUUUGUUUUUUGGAUUUUCUUUCUUUUAAGCCACUUUUGAUUAGAAAGUCAUUUUCACUAUAGUGUCAUAUUAUACCUCAUUUCCUUAGUUUUGAGUUCAAAAUGAAGACUUGUGUUGAUAACCUGGGUUCCUCCAAUGUACAUAAUUAUAUGGAGGAGGGAAAAGGAAGAGAAAGGAAGAAAGCAUGGUUUAAGGAAGGUUUAGCGCUUAAGCAAUUAGAAUUACUCCAAGAUAGGAGCUUUCUAUGUGUUAAGUCAGAUUGUGACCAUCAUUAGUUCUAGAUAGGGUUUGAUGUGGAAGCCUAAAAACUAGAGGUGGGAAUCAUCUAUUGUCUCAUGUGUCAAAAAACCAAUCUCACAUUGAUUGAGAUUGAAACAAAACACACAAGCUGGUUUAAGUGGUUGUAUUGUUGAAAGUUCGACACACUAAUUUCGAAAUUUGCACAAACGGUUGUAUAUAAUUAUGUUUAAAACAUCGAUCUAUUAAUAUUAGGAGACACUAGAAUUCCUACACAAGAGACUUUAAUAAUGUAUGCAUUAAAUCAGGACUAUUGGUUCGAUCAUGACAUAUGAUUCAAUGCAUACAUACGGUCAGACAUUCCCCUUACAGGUGGUAUUCUCCAUAGGGCAGGUGAUCGAAUUUGAUAUGGAAAUCUCCUUGUUUAAAAUUGAUAUCUUUAGUAUUACAUCAUACAUAACACACAUAGUUGUGAAACAAUAUGCAACUUAGAAAAUGUAAGUAGGAAGGAAUGAUGUCAACAUGACUAAAUAAUUUGGUCCAAUAAAAUCAAUCAUACAGACACAUACACUAUGGAAGUAGUAUUUUUUGUAUAUAAUGCAUGAAACCUGCAAGUUUGUUUGGUCAAUGAGAGGAACUCAGACAGGUGGAGGAUUCAGUAGCCUAAACUUGCCUCUUUAUCUUCUUGUCUUCUCUGUUUAGGUUUCUGGUUUAUUGGAGAAUCAAAUGGCACCUAUAAUCUCUACUCCCCCAUCCACUAAGGAAAAGACAACAAUUUACCAAAUACAUUAGAGAUUAUGACCAACAAUUCAUUUUCUUUUUUCUCACCAACUUUUAUUCCCUUCAUUUUCUGCCAUCGUCUUACUUUUCCUAUUGUCAUUUUUAGUGAGGGAGUUCUUUACUUUCAUAAUUUCAUUUGUGGGUAUUUGAGAAUAAAAUUUAUUAUUAUUAUUGUACGUUUAUUUGAGCAACCCACCAACCAAUACUCUUACCAAAUACUCUUCAAAUACUAUUGCAUGCAUAUUGCUCCCUACCUCCAAGAUAUACUUUUCAAUGGAUUAGGUGCAAAAGAUGAUCCUUCAUUUCUUCCUUGAAGUCAAGGUGUUCAACUCAUCACCAUUCACAACCAUUUAAAGAACAAGACAUAUUUCCCCAAAAGAAAGCAAUUUUUUUCCCCUUAAUGUUCUUUUGUUAAUCUUUACUUGAAAUGUUCAAAGAAAAAUAUUAGUGUCCCUAAGGACAUACACUAGUUAUCAGCAAUAGUUUGUAGACAAGUGGUCGUUAAACAACAACAACAAAAAAUUAUCUAAUACUUCUAUAUCCACAAUGCAAGGAAUAUACGCACAAGUGAAGUUAUCGUAUGAUCUUUUAUUAUAAAGUAUAACUAUGUUUUUUUUUGAACCAUGGAUCUCUCACGUGUUUUGUCGAUGUGGGAUUUGCCUAAGAUGUCACAAAAACUAUAUGUUUUUUUUGAAUUGUAUUAAAAAAGAAUGAAAAGAGGAAUGGAAAAAAAAAAAAAACAAAAGAAGCCUGUAUAUUGUAUUGAUUAUGUUAUCAAGAUGAUUUAAUUUAUAAUAUCUCGGUUUAAAUUUUGAAAAGAAGGUGAGAUUUUCUUGGCAAAAUUGAUUAUUUUUCAAGAAGACAGUUAUAUAACUCAAAGGAGAGCUUAUAAAAAAAAAAAAAAAAAAAACUCAAAGGAGGAGAGAGAGAGCAGGCAAAGGCCGGCUAGUGUGAACAAUCCUGCACAGAAAUACUUGAACACAUUGCUUUGCUUCCCUGCCUGAGCCUGAGGAAGCUCCAGGUCAAUUCAAUCCAAUCUACAACAGUCCCUUUUUUUGUGGCACUCUUUAAGGUCAAUUCACUUUAAGGGAUUGCACCAUUUGGACUGUUGCUUUCCUGCUCUUUAUAUAUGAUCAACACCUUGCCAUCUAAUCCAAACAAAACCCCCACCAGCUCUCAAAGAGAGAGACUUCUUCUACCUGCAGGCUUGCCUUUGGAACUUGGUCCUUCUGCAUUUCUACAAUUUCAUUUCAGAAGGGCAUAUACUUCUUGAACUGCCUUUUGUUAUUUUGUUCAGAACUUGUGUUUGUUAGAAGUGAAAACAGAAAUGAUGGGUUUUGAAGAACAGCUUGUUGGAGUUGGAGUUGGAUUGGAAGAGUUCACCUUUCCUCACUCCGACCCUCUUGUUUUGGAACUCAACCGUCUGCAGAAUCUACUCAAAGAGAAAGAUAGAGAGCUGGGGGUUACUCAUGGAGAAAUCAAAGGUUUGAGAACUGCUGAUGCUUUGAAGGACAAGGCCAUAGAAGAGCUGAGGAUUCAGAUGACCAGACUAGAUGAGAAGCUACGUGCCUCGGAGAAUCUAAUCGAGAACAAGAACCUCGAAAUCAAGAAGCUAGUGGACGAAAAGAAAGAGGCUUUAUCGGCACAGCAUGCAGCAGAAGCAACUCUCAGAAGGGUUCAUGCGAAUCUCAAGGAUGAUGAUUCUCCUCCCAUCCAAUCUCUUCUCGCUCCCCUGGAGGCGGAGAUCAAGAUGUACAAGAACGAGAUUGCAGCAUUGCAGGAAGACAAGAAGGCGAUGGAACGUUUGACCAAGUCGAAAGAAUCAGCUCUACUUGAAGCUGAGACAAUCCUGAAGAGUGCACUGGAGAGGGUUUUGAUAGUUGAGGAAGUUCAGAACCAAAACUAUGAACUGAGAAGACAGAUUGAGAUUUGUCAGGAAGAGAACAGGAUUCUCGAGAAAACGAAUCGACAGAAAGUUGUGGAAGUUGAGAAGCUUAGUCAGACCAUUGGAGAGCUUGAAGAGAGUGUUCUAGCAAGUGGAGAAGCUGCAAAUGCUGUUAGAGAUUAUAAGAGACAGAUCACUGAACUGAAUGAGGAGAAGAAGACGCUGGAGAGGGAGCUGGCCAGAGCUAAAGUGUCUGCGAAUCGGGUGGCGACAGUUGCGGCGAAUGAAUGGAAGGAUGAGAAUGAUAGGGUAAUGCCUGUCAAGCAAUGGCUUGAAGAGAGAAGGCUGGUGCAGGCAGAGAUACAAAGACUGAGGGACAAGCUUAUAGUUUCAGAGAGAACAGCCAAGGCUGAAGCACAACUUAAGGAAAAGCUCAAGUUGAGGCUGAAGACACUGGAAGAAGGGUUAAAGCAUGCUUCCAGCAUCGCAGCCAACUCUAAUAAGUUCCGUGAGUCCCCUAAACGAGAAAAACAUGGCAGCAGCAUCUUGGGGUUCUUAGCAAGCAAUGCAGGGCUAAGGAAGAGAUCUGCAUCACAGCCAAGGGCUUCCAUGGUUGCUGGUAGAGGGUUACUCCUGCAGCAAGCAAACAUGGAAACUGAGAGGAAAGAUUCGAGGAAGCAAGGCUCCAGCGAAAGCAUGGGGAGGAAGAGUUUGUGGGCAUCUAGAAGUAGGGUUGUAGAUAGCACUGGAAAGGAAAAUGCAGAAGGGAGAGCAAAUGCAGAUCCUAAUGCUGAUAAGAACGUGAAGGAUAUUGAAAAUGCAGAAGCAGCUAAUGAGGCACUACAAGAGAAGGAAAGCAAGAGUCCUAGAGCUGAAGAUUCGGUUUCCGGGUUCUUGUAUGAUAAACUGCAGAAAGAGGUGAUAAAUUUAAGGAGAGCUUGUGAGGCUAAGGACAACAGUUUGAUUGAGAAAGAUCAACAGACACAGAUGCUGAUGAGGAAAGUUGAUACCUUGACAAGAUCCAUCGAAGUGGAGUCCAAGAAGCUGAAGAGAGAAGCAGCAGCAAGAGAAAAGGAAACUGGAUCAUCGAAGUUGGAACAUAGCAGAAAGACAACUGCAUCUCCAAACCCAUACAGAAGGUGAUGCGAGGUUCUGCAGGCACGGGAUAAAGUAGAAAGUGCAGCAGAAAUGAGUUCAAAAACUACACUACAAGUUCCUUCUGAUUCUUGAAUGUAAAUAUGAAGCUGAUCUCUCCUGAUUCUUAGCUGGAUUUUCAGUAUGGUUUGGUUUUCAGUUUGUGUACAUUCAAUAAAUGAGACAGAAAGAGAAAAGCUGAAAUAUUGAGGAAUGUGUAAACAAAGGUAGAGUUCAUAGUUCCAACACUAAGGAAAGCUGUUGACAUAUGUACACAUAUGCAUAAUAAGUUUGCUUGCAACAC